GCCCAAAUCCUAAUACAUCGUAUUCACGUGGGUCUCCAGAGUAACACCCCCUGACACACCCACCUCCCUCCCACCCCCAUCUCUCUCUCUCUCUCUCUCCAAUCCCCAAAACCAAUGUCUGUCCGGGAAUCAGACCUUCUUCUUCUUCUUCUUCUUCAUCGUCGUCGUCGUCGUCCAAUCAAAGCCUGAAACCAGUAUCUCCAUAUUCACAGCCCCCAACUCCAUAUUCACAGCCCCCAACUCCCAAUACCAUUACCAAAGUCUCCGGCCAUGGCCACCACCAUCAACGACCUUCCCGACGCUGUUCUCAGCACCAUCAUCGCUUUGAUCUCCGACAGUCGCACCCGCAACUCCGUUUCCCUCGUCUCCCACAAGUUCCUCCAACUCGAGAGGCCAACCCGCACCACCCUCGUCCUCCGCGGCAACGCCCGCGACCUCUUCAUGAUCCCCCCCUGUUUCCGCUCCGUCACCCAUCUGGACCUCUCCCUUCUCUCUCCCUGGGGUCAUUCCCUUCUCUCCUCUUCAUCAUCUUCCUACGAUCCCCUCCUUCUCGCUCGCCGUCUCCGCCACGCCUUCCCCUCCGUCACAUCCCUCACCGUCUAUGCCCGUUCUCCCUCCGUUCUCCAGGUCCUCCUUUCACCCCAAUGGCCCGCCUUGCGUCAUCUCAAGCUCGUCCGCUGGCAUCAACGCCCUCAUCUCCCCGUCGGGUCCGACUUCUCUCCGGUCUUUGACAAAUGCCCCUCCCUUUCUUCCCUGGACCUAUCCGAAUUCUACUACUGGUCCGAGGAUCUCCCCCCAGUUCUCCGAGCCUAUCCGGCUGUUUCGGCUUCCCUUACCAAACUCGACCUCCUCACCAAGUCCUUCGCAGAGGGCUUCAAAUCCCUCGAGAUCCAAGACAUCGCGGCUGCUUGCCCCAACCUUAAACACCUCCUCUUAGCCUGCGUGUUCGAUCCGAGGUACAAUGGGUUCGUCGGAGACGAGGCUUUGUUGUCGAUAUCCAGAAACUGCCCAAAGCUCACGCUUCUCCACCUGGCAGACACUACGUCCUUGUCGAACACCCGCGGGGACCCAAACGAAGACGGGUAUAGUUCCGAGGACGCGAGAAUCAGCCGUGCGACGUUAGUGGACCUCUUCACUAGCCUGCCUCUGCUAGAGGAGCUGGUCCUGGAUGUGUGCAAGAACGUGAGAGAUAGUGGGUUAGCGCUGGAAGCGCUUGGCUCCAAUCGUUCGAAGCUGAAGGUGCUGAAGCUGGGACAUUUUCAUGGUGUGUGCAUGGCGAUUGGGUCGCAAUUGGAUGGGAUUGCCUUGUGUCGAGGGCUGGAGUCGCUGUCGAUAAAAAACUCGGCAGACUUGGACGAUAUGGGCUUGAUCGAGAUCGCGAGGGGGUGUGGUAAAUUAAAGAAGUUUGAGGUUGUUGGGUGCAAGAAGAUUACUGGGAAGGGACUGAGGACUUUGGCUUCUUUGCUGCGGAAGACUUUGGUUGAGGUCGGGAUUUCUGCUUGUAUAAAUCUCGAUGCGGCGGCGUCUUUGAGAGCGCUGGAGCCAAUUCGCGAUCGGAUCGAGCGGCUUCACAUAGAUUGCGUGUGGGAAAAUUUGGGAGAGGGAGAGGAUUUGGGUGGUAUUGAGGAGGAUACUCAGGAAGGCGUUUAUGAUUUCGAUAUCCAUGAAGGGGAUGAGGAGGAGUGUGAGAAUGCAACUCGUGUAAUCGAUUUUUUCAGUGGCGGUGAAAUGGACGGGAUGGGCAACAGGAAGAAAUGCAAGUACUCAUCGGAAGCUUCAGCCAAGGCGGAUUGCUCGUAUAUGGCAAGCAAUGGAAAUGGGUUUUGGCUCAAGAGCUGGGAGCGGCUCAGGUAUCUGUCUCUGUGGAUUGGUGUUGGCGAGCUUCUGACUCCAUUGCCAGUGGCGGGUCUUGAGUAUUGUCCAAGCUUGGAGGAGAUUCGUAUAAAGGUCGAGGGAGAUUGCCGGGGAAGGCCCAAGCCGGUGGAGCGGGAGUUCGGGCUGAGCACACUUGCAAGUUACACCCAGCUGUCGAAGAUGCAGUUGGAUUGCGGAGACACAUUAGGUUUUGCACUGACUGCACCGUCGGGGCAAAUGGACUUGAGCCUGUGGGAGAGGUUUUUCCUGAAUGGAAUUGGGGAUUUGACAAGUCUGGAAGAGCUUGAUUAUUGGCCACCUCAGGACAGCGAUGUUAAUCAGAGGAGUCUAACACUUCCGGGAGCUGGUUUGCUUGGAGGAUGUAUUGCACUGAGGAAGCUUUUCAUCCACGGUACGGCUCAUGAGCAUUUUUUGUCAUUCCUGCUUAGAGUACCAAAUCUGAGAGAUGUGCAGCUAAGAGAGGAUUACUAUCCAGCACCGGAGGAGAACGACAUGAGUACAGAGAUGAGGGUAGACUCUUGCAGUCGCUUUGAGGAUGCAUUGAACAGCCGCCCCAUCCCUGAUUGAAAUGAGUUUUAAGAAUGGAUUGACACAAUUUGUUGAUCAAGAGAGAACCAAAUUGUACUGGAUAUUGUAACAUGUAUGAGCUUCAAACCCACGUUUUUGUUGUCAUACAACUUUUGUCUGUACUCUUUUUAACUAGCCAUGUAAACACGUUGGGUGCAAUAACAGAGAUUUGCGGUUUUCAACA